AUGUCGACCUUUGAUCCGUUUACGCAGAACGUCACGUUCUUAGCAGCAGAUGGAAACACCACCAUCAGCAUCCCCGUGAUGCUCGUCGACGAGAUGCGUCGCAUGAUGGUCAACACCGUCAUCAACUAUGCCACUCAGCUCGGCGCCUGUCUCGUCAUGCUCGUCGUUCUCCUCGUCAUGGUGCCCAUAUCCAAGUUCAAGCGCCCCUUCAACGCUCUCCAGAUCGUCAGUCUCGUCAUCUGCUCCGUCAGAAUGGUCCUGCUUUGUAUCUGGAACAUCUCCAAGUUCGCCGACUUUUAUCCCUUCUGGUCUCAUGACUUUAGCCAUAUUCCUACCAGUGGGUAUGCGCCUGCCAUCGCUGCCAAUAUCAUCUCACUCCUGCUCGUCAUCUCGAUUGAGUCGAUGCUUAUGAGCCAGGCUUGGACGAUGGUCAAGCUGUGGCCGAAUCUGUGGAAGUAUAUCAUCACUGGUCUUUCACUCGUCAUUUCUCUCAUGACGAUUUGUGUGAGGAUUGCUUUUACGGCUGUUCAGAUCCAGGCGAAUCUCGAUACUAUUCCGCCGUGGCACAUGCUCUGGCUCAUCAAGUGGACGGUCAUCAUGAACGUGUCUUCAAUCUCGUGGUGGUGCGCCAUCUUCAACAUCAAGCUCAUCUGGCAUCUCAUCUCCAACCGUGGUAUCCUACCGUCAUACAAGACACUCACCCCCAUGGAAGUCCUCGUCAUGACCAACGUCAUCUUCGCCUCUCUUGAAUGGGCUCACUUCGUCGAUUUCGAAGCAGCAUCCCUAACCCUAACCUCCGUCGCCGUCAUCCUCCCCCUCGGCACCCUCGCAGCCCAACGCAUCGCCGCCAGCAACGCCAACAGUGCCAACUCCUCCGGCGCCUCCAGCGGCAUCCGCUACGGCGUCAGCGGCCCCAGCUCCUUCACCGGCUUCAAGGCGCCCAGCUUCAGCACCAACCGCAGCGGCGCCACCGACAGACCUCACGUCUCUGUGUACGCCCGCUGUGAGGCAGGGACUUCGUCUCGCGACCACAUCAACCCUGAGGACGUCGAGCUCGGCAAGAUGGAUGGUGAUCAUGUCCGGGUUGACAAAGCCUUCUUGCAACGUGAAGAGCGGAUCUAG